UAGACACUAACAACCCCCCACCCCCACCCAAAGGCAUAGACAACAGAAGAAACUACUUAGAGCAAAACACGAGUCCUUAAACUGCAAAGGUGUUUGCCAGAAUGUCUCAUCUCCGCGUUCUGCUUCUAAUGGCUCUGAUGGGAAAGGCCACCUUCGGGUUCUCCCUGAUGUCUUUGCUCCCAGACCUGGACCCAGGAGGUUUCUUCUGUCCUGUUCCCACCCCUGCAGAUUGGACUCCUGACAACUAUGAGUCUGGUUACGAGUAUUACGACCAGACUGAGGACACCAUCAGCGUGCCUGAUAACCCUGAGGCUCCUGAUUGGUACUACGCAGAGGACGGUCCCUGCCUGUCCAGCCCCUGUGAACAUGGUGGGGACUGCCUUAUCAGUGGGGACACCUUCACAUGCAGCUGCUCAGCCCCUUUCUCUGGAAACAGGUGUCAGAAUGUGCAAAACAAAUGCAAGAACAAUCCAUGCAGCCGGGGUGAAUGCCUCAUUACUCAGAAUCCUCCCUACUACCGCUGUGCCUGUAAACACCCUUACACAGGUCCAGACUGCUCCAGAGUGGUUCCUGUGUGCAGGCCAAACCCCUGCCAACAUGGUGGUACCUGCUCCCAGCAUAAGCGGAGAUCCAAGUUUACCUGUACCUGUCCGGGCCAAUUCAGGGGAAAAUUAUGCGAAAUAGGUUCUGAUGACUGCUAUGUUGGUGAUGGCUACUCUUACCGAGGGAAAGUGAGUAGGACGGUCAACCAGCACUCAUGCCUUUACUGGAACUCCCACCUCCUCUUGCAGGAGAAUUACAACAUGUUUAUGGAGGAUGCUGAGGCACAUGGGAUUGGGGAGCACAACUUCUGCAGAAAUCCAGAUGGAGACAAAAAGCCCUGGUGUUUCAUUAAAGUGAACAAAGCAAAGGUGAAAUGGGAGUAUUGUGACGUCUCUCCCUGCUCAGCCCAAGACACUGCUGACCCAGAGGCAAGCCCCACAGAGCCCCUGACCAAGCUUCCAGGGUUUGACUCCUGUGGGAGGACUCAGACAGCAGAAAGGAUGAUCAAGAGGAUCUACGGAGGCUUUAAGAGCACGGCGGGCAAGAACCCGUGGCAGGCAUCCCUGCAGACUUCACAGCAACUGACCAUCUCCAUGCCCCAGGGGCACUUCUGUGGGGGGGCGCUGAUCCACCCCUGCUGGGUGCUCACCGCCGCCCACUGCACUGAAAUAAAAAUCAAACAUCUAAAAGUGGUUCUAGGGGACCAGGACCUGAAAAAGACAGAAUUCCAUGAGCAGAUCUUCGGGGUGGAGAAGAUAGUCAAGUACAGCUACUAUAAUGAAAGAGAUGGGAUCCCCCACAAUGAUAUUGCUUUGAUUAAAUUAAAGCCAGUAGAUGGUCACUGUGCUCUGGAAUCCAAGUAUGUGAAGACUGUCUGCUUGCCUGAUGGUCCUUUUCCCUCUGGGACUAAGUGCCACAUCUCUGGCUGGGGAGUUACAGAGACAGGGGAAGGGUCCCGUCAGCUCCUGGAUGCCAAAGUCAAGCUAAUUGCCAACACUUUGUGCAACUCCCAGCGACUCUACGACCACAUGAUCGAUGACAGCAUGCUUUGUGCAGGGAACCUUCAGAAGCCUGGGCCAGACACCUGUCAGGGUGACUCCGGAGGCCCUCUGACCUGUGAGAAGGAUGGCACCUAUUACGUCUAUGGGAUAGUGAGCUGGGGCCUGGAGUGUGGAAAGAAGCCGGGGGUCUACACCCAGGUUACCAAGUUCCUGGGUUGGAUCAGAGCCACCAUCCAAAGAGAGGCUGGCUUUUGAGGUGGUGCCUCCCAAACGUCAAAGCCCCUCCUCCUUAGCACCCAGGCCAGGCCAGGCUUCGUGGGCAGAAACAGACGCCCCUUGGAGUCUCCAGGAAGCCUCACAGUGAGAGUUCCAGAAGUCCAAACAGACACGGCUGCUGCCCAGCCUGGGGCUUCCCGCACUAGCCCAUCCACCACGUCACAGGCUCCUCCACCUCUCUGGGUCACCCCAGGAAUGAUGGACUCAACUUGAAAUAUAUUAUGCUUGCUUCCCUUCCAACACUUGCAUCUUCUAGAAAAUCAGCAUUCCUAGAGACUGACUCCAGCUCAGACAUUUGCAAGGGCACGGUAACAGAAUGCUCGGGAGCAGAGGGAGCCACCUUUACAUCUUUAUUCCUUGCCCCAAACACAUGAGGAAUUCAACAGAACCAGUCAUCUACUGCUAGGCAUUAGAGAGGACCAAAACCACAACAUUCUCCAGUCACUUUCGGAGUGUUGCGACUUUAAUAAAGGCAGACUGGGGAUGGUCGGAUGUGCCGUCUUGUCAACUCGCCCAAAAUGAAGCCACGUAAAGCUGAUAUCUGGUGUGCAAACUUCCUCUCGAGCUUCUCUCCCAAGAGUCUUCGGUGACAGGGCGCUCACAGCAGCAGAGCCUUCCUCCUUUUGACGUGCAGAAUCUCAGAGGCAUCUGGGUUUACAUCCCCCCUCUGAUUAUCUCCAGUCUCCACAGCCUCUGCCCGCCCCUGCAGAAAUCAAACAUCCUUCCGGAGUUAAAAAGAAGCUCCCCACCUCCUCCCACAGGACAAAAGCCUCGGGGGCAUUCAAAAUACCCACUCUUCCCCUUCCCUGUACCUCCUCUGCCCCUUCCCCAAGAAAAAGGAUCCUCGAGGCAAGAGUGGGAAAGAAGAAAAGCCAAUCUCUCACUGUUGACAUGGCUGUCUUUCCUCUGAACAAAGCAGGGUUCACAACCCAGACUGUUGUAGCCAGCGAGUCCCCGACCCUUUCCACAAAUGUAACGAGCAAGCAGUCAUCACAGCCUUGGCUGCCCUGGCCCUGGUUUGAUGUAGCCCGGGUAGGUUUGCCUCUGUGGAACUAAUGGCUGUGACUUCAGAGAAAACCCUGCAGGAAGUUUAACCCGUGUGUCAUCCACCCGGUCAUCUCAGACCCACGAAAUUAGGCACCUUGCUUGAGCUGCGUUUCACACUUCUUUCGAGCCAGCUGACCUUUGGCCAAAAAUAAACUUUGAAAAGAAA